CAUUGCAUGACUUUUAAACCCCUCUCUCUCUCUCAAGCUUCUCCUAUUUACACCGACCAAAACCUUUUCGAUCUCCUGCAUAGUUCUUUCAAAAGCCACCCAAAACGACUAAAACACCAAAACACACAACAUGGAUUACGGAAAACAAUCUGUUGGAAAUCCUGCACUGCUCUUAUUCUUCUUCUCCGGCGUCUUCUUUCUCUUUUUCUGGUCUUCCUCUUACAGAAAUCCUUUCGUUGCAUUCCAAAAGGACCCCAUUUGCACAUUUUCGAACACUACAACCAUUUAUGCCCUUCAAGAUGAGCUUGAAGAAGCUCUGACGAAAGCUUCAAUGGCGAACAAAACGGUCAUUAUCGCAAUCAUAAACAAGGCGUACGCGGAGCAAGACAUCAAUGCCGACACCACCAUGCUUGACCUGUUUCUCGAGAGCUUUUGGCUAGGGGAGGACACCAGACAUCUGCUUGACCACCUCUUGCUCGUUGCCGUUGAUCGGACGGCCUACGAUCGCUGCCAGUUUCGACGGUUGAACUGCUACAGAUUGGAAACGGACGGCGUGGAUUUCGGGGGAGAAAAGAUUUACAUGUCCGACGACUUCAUCAAGAUGAUGUGGAGAAGAACUCAUUUUCUCUUAGAAGUUCUCAACCGCGGCUAUAACUUCAUCUUCACGGACACCGACGUAAUGUGGCUAAGGAACCCAUUUGCAAGGCUAAGCAAAAACGAAAGCGACGAUCUCCAAAUCAGCACCGACCUAUUCCUCGGCGAUCCACGGCCGGAAAAACAGCUCAUCAACACCGGCUUUUACUUCGUCCGAUCAAACAACAGGACUAUCAAACUAUUAAACACCUGGUACGCCAAGAAAGACAACGCCACGGGGCAGAAAGAGCAGGACGUGUUGCUGAAUCUGAUACGAGGAGGCAUCAUCGGAGAACUAAACCUGACCGUACGGUUUCUGGACACCCUCUAUUUCAGUGGGUUUUGCCAGGACAGCAAGGAUUUGAGGGCGGUGGCCACUGUCCACGCCAACUGCUGCCGGAGCAUCGACGCCAAGGUGAAAGAUUUGAAGGCCGUGCUUCGCGAUUGGAAGCGAUUCAAGAAGUACAGUUCUUAUAAAAGAUUGGACAAUGUAACGGCUAAUUUGCGGUGGUCGGGGCACUUUGGAUGUUGGAAUUCAUGGAGGGUAGAUAAUAAGCCUAAAAAGUAAAAAGGGUUAAAACUUGUUUGGUUUGUAAGUUCAAUUCUUUUCGAGAAUGAGUGAUACGCUGUCUCGUUUAAUACUGGUUGACGUAAUGUGUUUUAAAUGACUUUGUAUCACUCACCUAAAACACGUUACGUUAAGUGGUAUAAGAUGCGUAUGAUAAAUGAGUGUGAAAGUAAAAUUACUCUUUCAAAUUUGUUGUAGAAGAACUUGAUACAUUGGAGUAGAGGAAG